GACCAGCCUUCUCGUCGCGCUUCUGUGGGCUUUGGUGACGAAGAGCGCGCUUCAGUUUACGCCGGUGCUAUCCAGGCCAGACCAAUCCAGCCGAGUGACGCUGGAGGCAGCCAAAAGGAAGGCGGCAAGCGCAAAGAAGGUGGACCUCGACAACCCGCCGAAGCGGCCGCUGUCUGGUUACAUGCGGUAUAUGAUGGACGUGCGUCCUGAGGUGGCGAAAGCCAUGGGCGAUGCCAAAAUCACGGAGAUUGCGAAGGAGAUUGGGGCGAGAUGGAGAAAGCUGCCAGACACGAAGAAGAAGCCAUAUCAGAAAGCCUUCGAGGCGGACAAGAAGGAAUUCGAAAAGCAGAAGAAGGCUUUCCUCGAUGCUGGUGGAGUGAUGCCGACGCGGCGAACUCGCGGGUCAACGCGCACCGGGAAAGCCAAGAAGGAUCCAAACAUGCCAAAGAGGCCAAAAAGCGCCUACAUUCUUUGGGUCAGCGACAAUUAUGCGGCGCUCAAGAAAAAGGUCAUGGCAAAGGACCCUGGAGCGGCGCCGACUGAAGUGAUGAAGGAAGCAGGCGCAGCAUGGAAAAAGCUUGCAGCCGCAAGCAAGAAGAAAUACAACACCGAGGCAGAAAAGUUGAAGAAAGAAUACACCAAGGAAAUGGAGGAGUACCGGAAGACAAAUCCACUUCCUUGA